AUGAGCAAAGCUAAAACAAACCCGAAAAAAUCGUCGAAAAACCUGCGAAAUGUGUUAGCCCAACCAUUGGACGUUGCGUGGCCCCGCAUACCGGACAAUGAAAUCAAGCGGUGCUCACGAUUUCUUCAACAAGUGGAACGGAAAAACAUUAUCAGCGGCUGUAAUGGCGUCAUAAAAUUACUUCAAAAUGGUCAAGUUGCAGCACUCUUUGUGCUGGACACGUUCAAUCCACAAAUCUUUGCCAAACUCAUCAUACAGAUGGCAAGGAAGCGAAAUCCGUCCGUGCUUGUGCUAGCACUGCCUUCCUUUCCGGCCGAUUGUUGCAGCAACAGUGUGCUGAUGGCAGUACCAAAACCAAAAGAAAACGAACACUCCGAACCCGUUCAGGAUCUGUUGAAAUGGAUGAAGGAUAUUUCGGUUCGGAAUGGAUACAUAGCAAAGGCAAGCAAAACGAAGCCUAAAACUAAUCGGAAAAUAUUGGCAUCGAAAACUAAGAAACCCAUCGAUGUGCCGCUGACAGACGAAGAAGUGGCAAAGCUGUACGUAUUCGAACCGCGCAAACGUGACGUCCCGGACAAGAAUCAACCCAAACAGCGUGUUGCGCAAGAAAUGGAAAAUUUUAUUUCCUUAUCCGAUAAAGCUAGCAGUGGCAUUGUUGUGUCUAAGCACGAAUAUCAACAGCAAAACAAACCUCGCACGAAACCGAACAGUGAUGGACUUAAUUCGUUCGACGGAUCGUACGUACCUCUCACCGUGAAUCGUGUACAAGGCAAUCCCAAUCGUGUCGAACAUAAGAAGAAAAGGAAAAUUCAAUAA